AUGGACUUUUCGGCUACCAUUACAGGCGAAUAUGCUCUUCGACAAUGGAAACAUGCACUAGUAGCUUUGGCAAAACAUAACGAAAGUGUUUACUUUAUAGUUUCUUCAGACUCAUUUUCAGCAGUCACUCAGAGUACAUCGCGUGCUGCAACAACUCUCGUCACCUUCAGCUCACAUUUUUUCGAGUCUUACAGUUAUGGAAUUAAUACAAAUAAUGCAGUUGUUCUUGGCCAAGGACCUGGGCGACAACCUCCUAGGCGUGAAGAUAUCUUGACGACUUUUGGGAUUGACAGUAAAUCUUUAGCUUCUCUUUUUUCUUCUAAAGUAUGGGAUGGCGACCCUGUCAUCUCAUGCCGUGUUAGUAUUCGAAACGUUCAUGGAAUUAAUCGCAAAACAAAACGCCCAGUAGUACGACCCAAAAUCCCACCCAUCCACCAACACCAUAACCAACACCGGCAGCAGCAACAACACGCACAUCCACCUUCUGGAGCUUCCAACCGCCGCAAGCGUGGUCGGCGUGGUCCUGAACUUGGAUCAUUGUCGCAGGCUAUUAGCGGCGGCGGAAGCGGUAGUAGUAGUAGUAGUGGUGGUGGUGGUGGUGGCGGGGAGUCUGAAGUAUUUUUCGGAAUGGAGUUGCGACGACAGUCUGGGGUGGCAUUAAUUGUGCGCAACAGAUGUAGUGCGGAUAGGGAAAUGACGCAGCGACUAGAUGCAGCAUAUGACAGGUUGAUUUCAGAAUGGGCAAAUCCACCAGGUCAGGAAGAUGAAGAAGAACAACGACAACAACAACAACAACAACAACAACAACGACAAGAAACAGUGGCUAGAGUGGAGAUCAAGUCCCAUGACUUGUUUCGGUUUUUCGGGGCUUUGGAUCAUCGGGCUGAAGACUUUAAGCUUGAAACUACAGAAAGGUACAUCAAAGUACACGGCAAUACAGAUCCCAAGGUCGACAGUGACAAGGAGUAUCUCAUUCACGCGGUGCGGUCCUCGGUCAAUAUUACGUUUGAUGAUCUUGUUUAUGACUACAAUGUACCAGUUGAUUUUUCAGUCAAAAUGCCCUUUGCACAUGCCCUUUCGUUCGUCACUCUGGCAAAUUGGCUUGCGGGGAAUUACGUGAAUGAAAGCUACGACGGCGGCGCUGCAUACCUCCCAGACGACAUCACUAUGAUCAUCAUCCAGGUCGCUGCUGCCGGACGCACAACUCGGUUUGAAGUUGUUUCAGAUACGGGUGAAGAGCAGGAAGAGCAAGGAUAUAACGAGAAUGUAGAAGAGACUGGUGAAGACGGAAAUGGAGUUGAACAGCAACAAGGCGGUGGCAUUGGUGGUGAUAGUAGUAGUAGUAGUAGUAGAGCUCUUGCUAGAAACCCUCGCCAAAACCAGAGGCCCAAGCUUUGCAGGCCUCGGUUCCGUGCGGUCAUGGAGAUUGCGUCAGUGGUAAGUCGGCGUCAGCGCAGAAACGCAGCAGCUCUCAUUCCACCAGGCACCACAUAUGCGUUUGACUCUGGGCCGCGGCUCAUUUCUGCUCGACGGGUACCUGCAGGAGCAACCCAAGGUGCACUCGAAAACAUUGGCAACAGACUGUCUCUAGAGGAUGGCUUGGACUCGAGUCAGGUGGUUGAAAGGAUGGUGGAGCGGAUUGCAGAGGAGUCGUAUGCCAAUAUGGCUUUGGGUCCCUCUGCAAUCGGUGCUGGUGCCGCUGGUGGACAGAGAGGUCAUCGGACUCCACGGCCACGGCCUACGGUUAGAGGAGCAGAAGGAGGAUUUGUUGGGGAGAUGGAUACUGUGGCGUUGGAGCAGGCUUACGAUGCGGUGGUUGAGGGUCAAGCUCGGGAGCAACAGGAGCAGCUACAGGAGCAGCAACAGGAGCAGCAACAGGAGCAGCAACAGGAGCAGCAACAGGAGCAGCAACAGGACCAUCCACAGAACCAAGUACCUCAGGAGAAUAAUGUACAGGAACACCUACCAGAACCAGAACCAGAACCAGAACCAGCAGCUCCUGCAGCUCCAGCAGUUUCUACGGGUGGGCUUAACGAACUGGUUGAGCUUGUGCGAUUAAAACGCGAAGAAGUGGAGGCCCGAGAACAGCACCGGCAGAUGGCUGAGGCUACAACACGGGAAGAUAUGAUUAGGAUCAAACAAGAGUACGUGGCGACCCAAGUUGCUGCUGCUGAUGCUGAUGCUGCUGCUGCUGCUACAUCUGCUGCUGCUACAUCUGCUGGUGCGGGUACACGGCCUAUUUCUUCUCCUCACGUUGUUCCUCCUCCCCCUCUUCUUACAUCUUUAACUUCUUCCUCUUCUUCUUCCCGCCGUUCGCAGCCAUCUACAGCCGUUCAUGCAUCUCGGCCCCAUGCUACUUCUGGCCCCGAAGCGCCCAUGACAGCAGCAGCCACGGCAGCAGCCACGGCAGCCAUUGGGUCAGCGGCCGGUACUUCGAGUGUUGUAAUUUUGGGUGCUGCGCCGGCCAUUGUAUCUCCAUCAUUCCCUACUAUUGAGACGCUUCCUAACUCAUCUGAAUCCACAACCUCAGCUUCUUCGCCCUCGUCGUCAUCACAAGAAAGUGAAGAUGAGGGCCGGAGACGUAGAACAGGAGUAAGCCCAGAUGAGGUACUACGGAUGUUGCAAGAAAGACGAGGGAAAACGUCGGUGCAUGCAGGAGCAAUUGGAUGGGAUACUGAAGUUGGAGGAACCACAAGCACGACGCGAUGGGCGUACGAAGAGGAAGAGGAAGAAGAAGAAAAAGAAGCAGAAAUAGAAGCGAUAAGACAAGAACAUGAGGAACCUGCGGAAGAAGAAGAAGAAGAAGAAGAGAUAAUAGAAGGUGGUGGCCUGGGAGGAAUGCUUAUUGCUGGAAGAGAGGAAGAAGGAGAACAGCAAGGACGGUGGAAUGUUCAUGAGAUUGGGCCGACGCAGCAGCCACGGUUCCGAGGGUUAUUUGAUUAG